AGGCGGGAGCGGCUCGCGAUGCUCCGCGGGCCCUGACAUGGGCACCAGCGGCUCCAAGGGCCGGGGGCUGUGGCCCUUCUCGGCGCCGGCUGCGUCCGCGGGCCCGGGAGGCAGCCCCGAGCUCACCGACGCGGCCCGUGCCCAGCACGCCCUGGCCCGGGUUCGGGGCUUCCGCACCGCGCCGCCCUUCGUGUUCACCCGUCGCGGUUCCAUGUAUUAUGAUGAAGAUGGUGACCUGGCCCACGAGUUCUAUGAGGAAACAAUUGUCACCAAGAAUGGGCGAAAGCGUGCCAAGCUGAGGCGGGUACAGAAGAACCUGAUCCCUCAGGGUAUCGUGAGGCUAGACCACCCUCACCUCCACGUGGAUUUCCCGGUGAUCAUCUGUGAGAUGUGAGCCCUGCAGCCCCUUCCUGCCCACACCCCAAGUCUGUGGGGUGGUGGGUAUGGACAUCUGGGUAGGAGGAGGGGCAGCAGGGCCAGAAAGAGGCCUUGGCUGGGGAAAACUCCCCACUUCCUUGGCAGGGUAUCCCAAGCUGCUGAGUCCACAAGCUCAAAGUGUGGGUCCUGAUGAGAGGUGUCUGGGUUAAAGCAGCCGCCCAAAAAUGAAUUCCACCUGAUGUGGGCCCCCUGAUUGGGCCAUAUUUUUUCAUCUACAAGCCAAGGGGUAGGGAAGCUGGAUGCCCAGUUCUGUUUCUUCCACAGUACUGGGUGAUGUCAGUUUGAGGGAGGGUCCGGGGAUAAAGGAUGGUUGGCUUGGUUCACUGGAGUAGGUAUUUUCUCCAGGAUCUGAGUGCCUGGGUAAAGGAAGGGGGUAAGAUACUCAGUUUCUCUUCCUGAACCCCAAAGCCCCACCUCACCCUCCAAUAUCCAGAGGAGUGUCAGGAAAUAAAAGCUGGGUGAACGCUCAGGCCAGGAAUUUCAGGGUACAAUUUCCUUCCUUCUGACCUCAACCACCUCCCCGUACCCCUCCCCCUCCUGUUUCCUUGUAGCAUGUACCUCUCCCUCUGCCCAGCCUGGGGGAAGAGGCAGGAGAGGCCUGGGGCUUGGUCACUGUCAGGGAGACAAGGGGACACAGCACUUUACAAGCAGGGGCUCCUCUUUUCCUGGCCCUUCCCCUUGUAUCACUAGGGGCCAUGGGGCUGGCCACAGUGAGCUUUGCUAUGCACAAGCAGUACCCUCCUUUCUCCUUUCCUUCACAUUUCUGAGCAUUUCAGCCAUUUGCUACCUCGACUCCUACCACCCCCGAGGGAGGCUGGUCUCAAUGAAUCUCACAACCACCCUUGAUCCCCUGCCCCACUCACCUUCUCACUCCCAGCCCACAAUCAGCUCAGCCUGCUGGAACUGAAGGGGAUUAGAAGAUCCCCUGUCUGGGGUGGGUUUCACUUCCUACACUGUGAUCCUCCCCGAACCUCAACCCCUUAUACACAUAUACACCUGGUCCCUGAGGCUAUGGUUGGAAACUGAAGCGGCAGUGGAUCUUCUACGGGAAUCGUAGAAUCAGGAGAAAAUCAUAAACCCUAAAGAUAUAGGGGAGAGGGCUCUUGCUCAGUACCCCUGCCAAGACUGCUUGAGAAGCCUGUUUCUUAUACUAACCCUUUCUUGGGAGAGAAAGGGGGAGUUUCCACACACUACACUUGAU